GUAUAAUUGAAAUUCUUGUAUUUGCCAUAAUGAGUUAUCUAUUUAAAGUCCAAAACCCUAGUCCAUUCUUCCUCUUCUCGCGAGUCGAAGAGCUUCCACCAGGUUAUCACAGGGGUGCGCUUAAAAAGUAUUGAUACUUGGACCCUGAAUUGGAGUGGUGGAUUUUUUAGAGUAGAACAAGUAAAUGGGAGUACCCGACAUGGAUGAACUAAGUUUCACUGAUUCUGAGUUGGACUAUCAUGUAAGAAACGCCCUUAAAGCAGUUGUUCAGGGUGACUGCGACUUUUAUAACCAGCUUGUAGCAGUGAUACAUCAUAAAGAACGUCUUGUUGCCGAGGAGGUGGCUCUUCUUGUGACAUGUUUGAAAGCUGUGACUGGAGCAGUAUCUUCUAUACACAUUGCUCAUCAUAGGUCUCUCCUUGCUGCUAUAUUUGGAAUGAGUCUGUGGGAUUAUGGGACUGAUGUGAUGGAUGCUUUGGUUGAAUUGCUCGUUUCCCUGGCUUCAUCAAGUGGAGAAUAUGUUGAUUUGUGCUUGGAGAUGCUUGUUGGCAAUUUCAUCCCGCCUUCUGCUCCUCCCUCUGCUUCUUAUUUUGUGGAAUUGCUGAAGCAACCUCGGGGUCUUGCUAAGAAGAACCAAGUUCUGGAUCGUGUUCAUUCAACUCUGAAAGAUAUUGCAACUGUAGUGCCUCUUUCACCUUUGAGACUAGAGAAGAUAGUUCGGGAUAGAAUGCCAAACAUAUACACAAAGGAACCUUUUAUUGUGAUGUAUGUGGAGAAUAUGUUAAGAUUGGAGAGUGGUGUGAUGGGUGAACUUGUUGGGAGCACAAUUCUCAUCGCAUUGGUGGAUAGACUAAUAGAUUUGGAUGUUGAGAUAGCCUGGGAUGAAAUUUUGCAGGAUGAUUUCCAUAAGGGCAUCUUUGAUAUGGAACUGGAAGACCUUGAAGGACAUGCUGAUCAUAUUGAACAAGAUUGCAAUGAGCUCACUAGGGAAGCUUUGAUCCAAAGGUUUUUUAGUGGAAACCUAGUUGCUGAAAAAUUAGAUAGCCUUAUGGUUCUUACGUUUGAACAUCUUAGAUCCUGUGCUGAAAGUGGUCGUCUAGUUCAGGUGUUUGAGAUACUCCUCCAAUCAUUUCAGAAAACAAUAUUGACUGCAUAUAAAUCAAAAUUUGCGCAGUUUGUCAUGUUCUAUGCUUGCUCGCUGGAUCCUGAAAACUGUGGGAAGAUGUUUGCUGAUCUGCUCUUAAAUAUCUUUGUGAGCAGUCUCAAUCCUGAGUGGAGAAUGAGUGCUGUUGCAUAUCUUGCUAGUUAUUUGGCUCGCGCAAAAUUUGUCCCUGUCUCGUCUGUUGCUGCUAUGCUAGAAAGUGUGGUAAACUGGUGUUUUCUUUAUUGCAAGAACCAGGAAGGCGACAUUAAUCCAAAAGCUCAUAAAGUAUUUUAUGCUGGAUGUCAGGCAACUAUGUAUGUGCUUUGUUUCCGCAUGAGACAAAUGCUUGUUAUACCUCGCCUCAAGUCACAACUAUGCCUUAUGCGUAUCGAGGACAUCCUUGGCCAUCCUUUAAAACCAUUGCAGGUGUGCCUGCCAUCAAUAGUAGAGGAAUUUCUACGGCUGGUGAAGGCAAAUCACGUUUUUUCUCUACCUCAAAGUUUUGUUGAGUAUGGGAUGCUAGAAUCAGAAAAUUCUCGGGCAUUCGGUGGGAUGGAAAGAUUUGACAUGUUUUUUCCAUUUGAUCCCUGCUUACUAAGGAAAUGUGACAGUUACAUCCGACCAAAUUAUGUAUACUGGUCAAUGGUAAGAAGUACGUACGACGAAGAUGAUGGAGAAGGUACAAGUGAUGAAGAUGUUGAGGAGGCUUAUGCUUCCAGAAAUGGGAUGAGUAUUCCAGAUGAUGGAAGUGGGAGGAGUUAUGAUGAUGAGGGCCAUUCUGAUGCCGAUGAAUUUGACCAUUAUCUCGACAAAAUGUCCAUUACGCCUAGAGAUUCAAGCAAUAAGUUUGGAGGUCGAAUGCAGAGAUUCAUGCAGAUGCCCUCUAAGAUCAGACCUUCUGCCAGUCCCGAGUCUUUGUGAUUCGCCAACAUUCAGCUUAUUAUUCUGAAAUUAAAAGCACAAUGUUAAUGUAGCUCACUUACUAUAGAUGUGGUAUACAAUUUGCCAAUUUUGAUUGGUAGUUCAUUUUGUCUGAUGAUAGUAUGUCUAAAGAGUGCACACGCGUGAGAUUUGUAAAAGUUGAAAUCAACUGAGUUUGGGCUCGGAAAGAAAAGAAUCAAAUGGAGCCUGAGCUCAAAUUUGAUUCCUAUUCUUUUAAUUGGCAAAUGAAAAUUUUUAUUUUGGGUUUUAA